UAAACGCUCGCUGGGCGAGCUCCGUGCGAUUAGCGAGAGGUAGCGCCCGUGUGGGGUAGGUCUGGGUCUGCGGGUCCCGGAGCGAGCCCACCAGGGAGCGAGAGGCCCAGCGACGGGAGUCGGAGUCGGAGAGUCUCGAGACCCGAGCGGAACCGGAGCCGGAGCGCACCGCCCGUCGCCGCCCGCGCACUCGGCGCUGCCAGAGCCACCGGCGCCGCGCGGCCAUGGAGCCCAGCAGCAAGAAAGUGACGGGCCGCCUCAUGCUGGCUGUAGGAGGGGCAGUGCUUGGAUCGCUGCAGUUUGGCUACAACACUGGAGUCAUCAAUGCCCCCCAGAAGGUGAUUGAAGAGUUCUACAACCAGACAUGGGUCCAUCGCUAUGGGGAGCCCAUCUUGCCGGCCACACUCACCACACUCUGGUCUCUCUCAGUGGCCAUCUUCUCUGUCGGAGGCAUGAUCGGCUCUUUCUCUGUGGGCCUAUUUGUUAACCGUUUUGGCCGGCGGAACUCCAUGCUCAUGAUGAACCUGCUAGCCUUCCUGUCUUCUGUGCUCAUGGGCUUUUCGAAACUGGGCAAGUCCUUUGAGAUGCUGAUCUUGGGCCGCUUCAUCAUUGGUGUAUACUGUGGCCUGACCACAGGCUUCGUGCCCAUGUAUGUCGGGGAGGUGUCACCUACAGCUCUUCGUGGGGCCCUGGGCACCCUGCAUCAGCUGGGCAUCGUCAUUGGCAUCCUUAUCGCCCAGGUGUUCGGCCUGGACUCCAUCAUGGGUAACGAGGAUCUGUGGCCCCUGCUGCUGAGUGUCAUCUUCAUCCCAGCCCUGCUGCAGUGCAUCCUGCUGCCCUUCUGCCCCGAGAGUCCCCGCUUCCUGCUCAUCAACCGCAACGAGGAGAAUCGGGCCAAGAGUGUGCUGAAGAAGCUGCGCGGGACAGCUGAUGUGACCCACGACCUGCAGGAGAUGAAGGAGGAGAGCAGACAGAUGAUGCGGGAAAAGAAGGUCACCAUCCUGGAGCUGUUCCGCUCGCCCGCCUACCGCCAGCCCAUCCUCAUCGCUGUGGUGCUGCAGCUGUCCCAGCAGCUGUCGGGCAUCAACGCUGUGUUCUAUUACUCCACGAGCAUUUUCCAGAAGGCGGGAGUACAGCAGCCUGUGUAUGCCACCAUCGGCUCCGGCAUCGUCAACACGGCCUUCACUGUCGUAUCGCUCUUCGUGGUGGAGAGAGCCGGCCGUCGGACCCUGCACCUCAUAGGCCUGGCUGGCAUGGCAGGCUGUGCUGUGCUCAUGACCAUUGCACUGGCAUUGCUGGAGCAGCUGCCGUGGAUGUCCUACCUAAGCAUCGUGGCCAUCUUUGGCUUUGUGGCCUUCUUUGAAGUGGGCCCAGGCCCCAUCCCAUGGUUCAUUGUGGCCGAACUCUUCAGUCAGGGUCCCCGCCCAGCUGCUUUUGCAGUCGCUGGCUUCUCCAACUGGACCUCAAAUUUCAUUGUGGGCAUGUGCUUCCAAUAUGUGGAGCAACUGUGUGGUCCCUACGUCUUUAUCAUCUUCACUGUGCUCCUGAUUCUGUUCUUUAUCUUCACCUACUUCAAAGUUCCUGAGACUAAAGGCCGCACCUUUGAUGAGAUUGCUUCUGGCUUCCGGCAGGGGGGAGCCAGCCAGAGUGACAAGACACCAGAGGAGCUGUUCCAUCCUCUGGGGGCUGAUUCCCAAGUGUGAGGUGCCCCAUACCACCUGCCCGGCCUACUCCCAGCAGUCCCAAGGAUAUUUCUGGAGCACAGGCAGCUGGAUGAGACUUCCAAACUGACAGUUGUCAACUGAGCCGGGCUUGGGGCUUGUUUCUUCAGCCAGCAACGAUAUCCAGAGAAUAUUCAGGACUUUAAAGGCUCCAGGAUUUUAACUAAAGCAAGACUGUUGCUCAGAUCUAUUCAGAGAAGCAACAGGUUUUAUAAUUUUUUUAUUACUGAUUUUGUUAUUAUUUUUUUAUCAGCCAAUCUCCUGUUCCCACAACCCAGGCUUCACCCUGUACGGCCGGCCCAGUGUCUCAGGGUGGGGACCAAGCCCUGUCCAGACACAAUGCCUUCUUCGCCAAGAUAAUCUGUAGGGCUGGACCUAUGACCAAGGACACACUAAUCGAACUAUGAACUACAAAGCUUCUACCCCUGGAGGUGGAACAGUCACCUCUUUCUGCAGGCCUGGACUUCCUUGCCCUAGGAGUCAGGUUUCAUUUUAGGAUUUGCCCAUUCCUAUCUCUUCCCACCCCUUCACUCAAAUUAAUCUUUCCUUGCCUAAGACCAGUUGGAAGCACUGGAGUGCAGGGAGGAGAGGGGAAGGGCUAGACUGGGCUGCCAGGUUCUAGUCUCCUGUGCACUGAGGGCCAGACGAUCACCACCAUGAGAGAAGGGCCGUAGGAGGCUGAGAACUCACUGCUGAAGAAGACAUGGACACUCCUGCCCUGCUAUGUAUAGAUGGAAGAUAUUUAUAUAUAUUUUUGGUUGUCAAUAUUAAAUACAGACACUAAGUUAUAGUCUCUCUGGACAAACCAACUUGUAAAUACACCAACACACUCCUUCUGUAACUUACCUAAACAGAUAUAAAUGGCUGGUUUUUAGAAA